AUGCGGUUUUCUACGGGGACGAUGCUUUUGUCCGCGCUGUCUGGUACAGCUGCGAUGGUUAGCCACACACCGUUCAAACGGGAUUUAAGGCUUUCUGCGGAAUUGGGCGUUCAUCCAGAUGAAUUGCUGGCUUACAGGACCUCUGUCCAUGCCGUCGCAAGUGCUCGUCUGGAUGCGAGCAUUGAGGCAGAAUAUGCGUCGCUCCCAAUCGAUCACGGUAACCCUUCGGUGGGCGAGUACUUGAACCGGUACUGGGUCAGCGAAGAGCAUUACAAGGCAGGCGGUCCGGUCUUUGUGUAUGAUGUCGGCGAAUCAUCCGCCGAAUCAUCGGCCCAGGGACAUCUCGGCAACUCAACUUCGUUCUUCUAUCAGAUGCUGCAGGAGUUCCAUGGCAUCGGUAUUGUCUGGGAGCACCGGUACUAUGGCAAUUCCCUGCCAUACAACGUUAGCCAGGAAACUCCCCCAGAGCAUCUCCAAUACUUGAACAAUAAGCAAGCGCUAGCAGAUCUGCCCUAUUUCGCUGCCAACUUCACCCGCAAGAAUUUGAAAAACAUCACUCUGACCCCGGACGCAACCCCCUGGGUCAUGGUCGGAGGCUCAUACGCCGGCAUGCGAUCAGCCUUUACUCGGCACGAAUACCCAAACACCAUCUACGCGGCAUUUGCAUCAUCCGCGCCCGUCGAAGCACGUAUCGAUAUGAGCAUCUACUUCGACCAGGUCUAUGACGGAAUCGUCGCAAACGGGUACCUCAACUGCACGCGCGACAUCAAAGCCGCACUGGAGUACGUCGACGAACAGCUCGCUCACAGCGACACCGCAGCAAAGAUCAAGCAGCAAUUCUUCGGUCAAGGCGCAGAGGUCAACAGCAAUGGUGAUUUCACUGCCGCCUUGGCAAGUAUUUAUAACUAUUUCCAGGCGUACGGGCUUGGCGGGGGUCAGGCGAGUCUCGGCUCGUUCUGCGAGCACAUGGAAACGGAUCCCAAGACCGGUCAGCCGGCGCCUGCGGCUGGGUUUGCGAAAUCCAGGGGAAAGAAGUAUGCUGCGCAGCGAUAUGCAUCAUGGCCGGUUUUCACUCAGAUGGUGAACAUGAAUUUCGACACGAAUUGCAAAGGGUUGGAAAAUAAUCUGCCGCUUUCGUGUGUUUUGUCCCCGCCGUCUGUGGAUCCCGACACCAUUGCCUGGACUUGGCAGUAUUGCACUGAAUGGGGAUAUUUCCAGACCAACAAUUUCGGUCCUCAUUCUUUGCUUUCAAAGUAUCAGACUCUGGCGUACGCGCAGGAUUACUGCUAUCGCAAUUUCCCGGAAGCUGUCAAGAAAGGACUUCUGCCUCAGGCACCGCAGGUUGAUGCGACGAAUGAACAGACGGGCGGGUGGUCUAUUCGUCCGUCAAAUGUCUAUUGGAGUGGUGGUCAGUUUGAUCCCUGGCGCACUUUGUCUCCUCUCGCCACGGGAAACUCGGCCCCGCAUGUGACUCUCACGACGGAUAUUCCUAGAUGUGGUCAAGAGACUGAUGAGAGUACUUUGUUUGGGCAUAUUAUGCCUAAUGCUGAGCAUUGCUUUGAUUUCCGCACGUCAUUUGCCCCAGGUGCUAUUUCGCGGGGAUAUUUCCACGAGGCGUUGACAGAGUGGCUUGCAUGCUUUUAA